CCCCGCCGAUUUGUCAUUCAACUCGCCGGAACGUAAAAUUUCUCUGCCGAUUUUAACCUUUUCUCUAUCUAAAAAUAUCUCUCUCUCUAACCUGUUUCUUUCUCCAUCCAGCAAAAUAAUAAGCGAAAUUUGAAUGCCCAAUAAAAUCCAGAGAGAGAAAAAAAAUAUAAAAAAUAAAAAUGGGUUAGCUUCACGCUAUGAAUCACGCUAGAUUUUCGGGGAGGUCAUUUGCGUCGUUUCACGCUGUGAAUCGGCGAUAACGGUAGCGAUUAAUAUCAUCGGCAAAUAAGAAGAAGAAGAAGAAGAAGAGGAGGAGGAGGAGAAGAGAUAAAGAGAAGAUGUCGGUGGAUCGGAAGCGGAUCAACGAGGCGCUUGAUAAGCAAUUGGAACGAUCGUCUCCGUCCACUUCGAGGGCGAUCAAUGGCAAGGAUAAGUCCGCAAACUCCCUACCAAAAGCAAACGCCUCCGAUGAUGAAUCUGAAACAGACAGUGAAGAGUCAGAUGUUAGUGGUUCUGAUGGAGAUGACACGUCUUGGAUCUCAUGGUUUUGCAACCUACGUGGAAAUGAAUUCUUUUGUGAAGUUGAUGAUGACUAUAUACAAGAUGAUUUUAACCUUUGUGGGCUAAGCAGCCAAGUUCCUUAUUAUGAUUACGCACUUGAUUUGAUUUUGGAUGUUGAAUCUUCUCAUGGUGAUAUGUUUACGGAGGAGCAAAAUGAAUUAGUUGAAUCGGCAGCAGAAAUGCUUUACGGUCUGAUUCAUGCCCGAUACAUAUUGACAAGCAAAGGAAUUGCUGCUAUGCUAGACAAGUACAAGAACUAUGAUUUUGGAAGAUGCCCUAGAGUUUACUGCUGUGGACAGCCAUGUCUUCCACUUGGUCAAUCAGAUAUCCCUCGGUCAAGCACUGUAAAAAUAUACUGCCCUAGAUGCGAAGAUAUCUACUACCCUCGGUCCAAGUAUCAAGGCAACAUUGAUGGAGCCUAUUUUGGGACCACAUUUCCUCACCUGUUUCUGAUGACGUACGGCCACCUGAAGCCACAAAAGGCAUCUCAAACCUAUGUUCCAAGAGUAUUUGGGUUCAAGCUUCACAAGCCAUAAUACUGGGAUGAAAUCUCCCUCUUGGCCAAUAGGUUCUCAUGAGUUUGUAUUGCCUAGCUUCUAUUUUGGAAGUAAAGCUUUUGAAAGAUCAGGUACAGUUCGGUAGUCUUUCAAGUAAUCAUGUUUCAGGUCCUUUUUAUAUGUUCUAAAAGAAUUACCAUAAAGCAUAUUUGUAACCAGCAAGUAUUAAUUUCAA